AUGGCGACGCUCAAAUUUGCAAGUUGGAAGUUGGAUCUUCCUAUCCCUACAACAGUCCUCUAUGAUAUCUCCAGCGAUAACCGCAAGGAUCUGACCCGCAAGAUCACCAAGCUCAUCCUUGACACGCAUGAGCUAUCACAUGGCAAUUGCGCAUUCAUCGGUGACUACAACGACAAAACUCCAUACUUUGAGAUGCAAACGCUGAGCAUCCCGCCAGACCCUGAUUACGAUGGCAGUUUACAUUCACUGCCCGCUGACAAGCGGAGCGACACUCUCAAAUUUAUCACCACUAUUUGUCAGCGCUGGAAAAACCAGGAGAGCACGUAUCUACGGAAGCCAAUAUCAGGGUGGGAUAGAUGCAGCGACGUGGCCAAGGAGAUGUACGAUUACGGGUUCCCGAGCGCUAGCAAUCGCGUUCCAUUCACACACAUGGAUCUCUAUCCGCGUAACAUCCUCAUCAACAUCACCAGCGAUAGCUUGAUCGAGAUCAUUGGAGUGCUGGACUGGGACGAUGCACUCUUUGUGCCGAAGUACGUGGCUUGUCAAGCACCUUUCUAA